UCGUCAUCCUCCCUCCCGGUUCUCCCCUCGAACCGGAACCAGCCCGUCUCCCCGGCCGCGCUCGGACCUCUCAUCCUCUAGGACUGACCCUUCCCCGGCUCACCGGGACCUCCCGUCUGGCCCAGCAGCACGGGCACCCUCGGCGAUGCGAGCGAUGGCAGACCAGGCUGUGCUGGCAGCUGACACCUCUCCAACCCUGACAGCGUCUCCAGGCUCACCCCAUCCCACUGACACCAGGGAGGACAGCGGCCCCCGGGAGGGCUGCGGGCUCCUGUUCCCUGGGGAUGGGGAUCAGAAAACCUCUCAGCCCGGGGGGAUGCUCCUGGCUGACCUCCCGUGGGCUCCUCAGCCCCGCCUGAGCCCGGCCAAGUCCCGCACGGCCCCGUCCUCCCCCAGCAUCUCCCCCUCGGAGAGCCGGGCUGCCCUGCUCCGGCUGCGGGACACCAGGCUGGAGGAAUCCAAGAGGCUCAGCCGGCACACGGCCGAGGAGAGCAGCCCCGGGCCCCGGGAGAAGGCGGGGGAGCAGGAGCUGGGGGGCAGCGGGGUGCGGGACUGGAGCCCCUGGGAGCCCACCUUGAACUGUCGCUACGAGAUCUGCUCCUACGGGGACGUGAUCCAGGUGGUGGAGGUGGCUCAGCGGGAUGCCGAACCCCGGCUGCCACCCCCCGAGGAGCCGCCGGGGGGCACGGUGCCGGGCAGAGCCUUGGCUUCCAUCGCCCUCCUCGCCUACGGCUACUUCAUCUUGCCCCUGCCCCCCUACGCCGCCGGGCUCUGCCUGGGGCUCGUCUGCGGGCUGGUCCUGGGCUUCCUCGCCGUCCUCCUCCUCUUGCCGAAGCUCCCGUCGGUGGCACGGGGACCGCGGGGACACCCGCGCCCCAAACUGAUGAUGGGGGAGUCACGGGAAAACCAUCACCUCCAGGGGUGGAUGAACCAGCUGCACCUCUACGACCCCGAGGUUUUCCACCCCUCGCUCACACACUCGGUGCUGGCCACGCUGGAUGGGUCCACCCUGAAACUCUCCUACCCCAAGAGCAACAUCCCCCGCAGAGCCACCUUCCAGGAGGAAAUCCUCGACACCGUCUUCGUCAGCCACCGCUGCUACGACCUGAGCCACGCCAAGGUCUUCCUCUGCCCCUCCAGCCUGGCCCGAAAGCGGACGUGGAACAAAAAAUAUCCCAUCUGUGUCCUCCUGCCCGAGGCGGCAGAGCUGGAGUGCAGGAGCAGUGAGGAGCAGGGUGCAGAGGUGCAGAGGGAUGAAGGGAUGAAGAAGGGGCCAGUCCAGGGACAGGAGGUCCCAGGAGACUGCAGGGAGAGGUGUCUGUACCUCUUUGGGAGGACAGGGAGGGAGAAGGAGGAGUGGUACCAGCACCUCCUGAGAGCCUCCCACGGGACCCCCGGCAGCAGCCACGGCAAAGCCAGGGCAGGAGUGGGGUCGGACCCACAGAGCAGUGGCAGCAGCAGUGGAGGGAGCUCCGAGGACAUUCCCUCUGCCAUCCCACCCAAGGACCUGGUGGGAAGUGUCCAGCAGAUUUUCCUGGAUUACAGCUCCUACAUGGCCCGGUUUGUGCCAGCACAGGUGGGGGGCAGCCCAGACCAGAGCCCCUCUCACGGAGUGAUGGGCAGCCCCACACCCACGAAGGUGAGUGGGACAAAUCCAGCACUGGGAGCAGGAUAUGACCCUGGGUGCUGCCUCUUCCAGGCUGGUGGUGGUUGUCCUGGGGUUUGAGCAGCCAAGCCAUGGUGCUGGGCAUUCAGCACCCAGCUAGUGGGUCCCACCUUGCUCCAGGGGCUUGUGGCUCCUGUCCCCCCACAGCUUGGUGAGGAAGGGGCUGUGCAGGCUGAGACAUCCAUGGCCUGGAUGAACGCCCUGGUGGGACGGAUCUUCUGGGACUUCCUCCGUGAGCAAUACUGGGCUGAGCAGGUGUCCAACAAGAUCCAGAAAAAGUUGAGCAAGAUCAAGCUCCCAUAUUUCAUGGAUGAGCUGGCUCUGACGGAGCUGGACAUGGGCACGUCCAUCCCCUCCGUCCUCAGCGCCUCCAGUCCCACCAUCGACGACCGAGGGCUCUGGGUGGACAUGGAGGUCACCUACAGCGGCGCUUUGCAGAUGACACUGGAGACCAAGAUGAAUCUCUGCAAGCUGGGGAAGGAGAGUGCUGCAGAGGAGAGCAGCCCAGCAGAGGCAGGCAGAGAGGGGGCCAGGCCAAGGCUGAUCCUGCUGGCGGACAGCGACGCGGAGUCAUCCAGUGCUGGCUCUGAGGAGGAGGAAGAUGUGGCCACCACGGAGCCCGUGGGAGCCCUGGGGGAGAGGGGCCCACAGCCCAGCACUGAGGGCCACGUCAGUGGCAGCAGCAGGAGCCGCAGGAUCCUGCGCUUUGUGGACAGGAUUGCCAAGUCCAAGUACUUCCAGAGGGCCACGGAAAACGAGUUCAUCAAAAAGAAAAUUGAGGAGGUUUCCAACACUCCACUGCUGCUGACGGUGGAGGUGCAGGAGCUGGCAGGAACCUUGGCUGUGAACAUUCCCCCUCCCCCGACGGAUCGUGUCUGGUACAGCUUCAGAGUCCCACCCCAGCUGGAGCUGAAGGUGUGCCCGAAGCUGGGCGAGAGGGAGGUGACAUUCCUCCAUGUCAUCGAGUGGAUUGAGAGGAAGCUGCAGCAGGAAUUCCAGAAAAUUCUGGUGAUGCCAAACAUGGAUGAUCUCAUCAUUCCCAUCAUGAGCUCUGGACUGGAUCCUCAGGCCCCUGCUGGAGGAGUCUCCAGGGACCUUCCAGCCAAGGGAGAGAAGAGGCUCUGAAGUGAAAGUCCCCCAAACAGGGCAGGGACACUGCACAAGGACAAAGGGACAGCCAGGGCCUGUCCCCUGCCUGCCUCCAGGGCUGUGCUGUGGGCUCUGAGCCCCUCAGCUCACCUCAUCCUCAGCACCUCUGUGGGGGACCCUCCUCCUUAAAUUCUGCAAGCACACGUUGAGACCAGAACCACACCCCUGGGCAAGGGGCUUGCUGCAGACCCAAGAACUUCAUCUGCAGCUCCUACCAGGUUCUCAGGACUCCUGGUCAAGGGGGCAGAUCAGGACCAGCAGAGUGCUAGGCUUUCCACUGCCUGGUUCACAAAGAGGGUGUAGGACACCCAGUUUCUGCACUUGAAGGGGUUGUAACCACCACCACUGAUCUGAGACAUCACAGCUCCAAGAUGCAGCACACCCUCCCCACAGGCAGCUGGACUGCAAGGGAAAGAGGGCUGGGAAAUGAGCCCAAAGUCUGAAUAAACCCAUGGCUGAGCAGGCAGCCAGCAGCUGGGCCCAUGGGGCUUUAUGCAGAGAGAAAAAACUGGGGCAGAAGUGCUGGUACCUGCUCUGCUGUCCACUGGGAGAGCAAGUGGAGUCUUGACUGUGGUUUGGCUCAGUGGGGGAAAAAUUCCCUGGGCAAAGGAAAAGGAAGCUCCAGAGAAGAGAGCACUUGGCUGUCCCACUUAGUCCCUGUCCAUCUGAGCCACUCUGCAGUGCUACUUGUCCCAUCCCCACCUGGUGAGGAGCCUCCAGGACACCCUGCUGCCACAGGCAGCUCUGAACACAGGCAAGACCCCUCCAGAAGGGAGACAGGCUGCAGAAACCUUUUAUUGAAGGUUAUUGAGUUA